UCGCUCCUCUCCCCGUCUCCCCCGUCUCUUAUAAUUCCGGGGAAAGAACCUCGCUUCCUGUUCGACUUUUCCGAUUGUCGCGUGUCUCGAGGUCUUGACUGAUCAAUUCGUUCGACUCUUCUUUCCCCCUACCCCAAUCUCAGACCUUCACCAUCCACUACAUCACACCACACUCCACACAUCAUGUUGGGUCGUUGCGGACGACAGGCUUCGCGCCUGCUCCCGCGCACUGCGAAGCCGGCUUUCGUGCUCCCUCGUCCCAUGCGCUCGGCGGUGGCUCCUUUUCCUUCUAUGACUGUUCAAUCUCGCUCUGUUUCCUCAUCCAGCCCUGAAGUGCAACAAAAUUUGCUUUCCGCCCAUCUCGAAGAGUCCGACCCCGCCAUCUACCAGAUCCUCCAGCAGGAGAAAAAACGCCAACAGCAUUUCAUCAACCUCAUCCCCUCCGAGAACUUCACCUCCCAGGCGGUCCUCGAUGCCUUGGGCAGUGUUAUGCAGAAUAAAUACUCCGAGGGGUAUCCUGGAGCUCGGUACUACGGCGGCAAUGAGUUCAUUGACCAGUCCGAGCGCCUCUGUCAGCAGCGAGCGCUGGAGACCUUCGGUCUCAACCCGGAAGAAUGGGGCGUGAACGUGCAGCCUCUCUCCGGCUCCCCUGCCAACCUGUACGCCAUCUCUGCCGUCCUGAACACACACGAUCGCCUGAUGGGUCUCGACCUGCCCCACGGCGGACACCUGUCCCACGGCUACCAGACACCUACCAAGAAGAUCUCUUUCAUCUCGAAGUACUUUGAGACUCUGCCGUACCGAUUGGACGAGUCGACGGGUCUCAUCGACUAUGACGGUCUCGCGAAACAGUCUCUGCUCUACCGCCCCAAGAUGAUUAUCGCCGGUACCUCGGCCUACAGCCGAUUGAUCGACUACGCGCGCAUGCGGGAAAUCGCCGACGCCGCCGGUGCGUAUCUGCUCAGCGAUAUGGCGCACAUCUCUGGUCUGGUCGCUGCCGGCGUCCUCCCCUCGCCGUUCACCCACUCCGACAUCGUGACGACCACUACACACAAGUCCCUGCGCGGUCCGCGCGGGGCGAUGAUCUUCUUCCGCAAGGGUGUCCGCCGGACGGACAAGAAGGGCAACAAGGAGAUGUAUGACCUCGAGGGUCCGAUCAACGCCUCCGUCUUCCCCGGUCACCAGGGCGGGCCCCACAACCACACCAUCACCGCCCUGGCCGUGGCGCUGAAGCAGGCCCAGUCGUCCGAGUUCAAGACCUACCAGCAGACCGUGCUGGCCAACGCACAGGCUCUCUCGGAGCGACUGGGAUCGCCCCUCAGCAGCGGCGGACUGGGCUACAACAUCGUCUCCGGCGGUACCGACAACCACCUGGUGCUGGUGGACCUGAAGAACCGGGGGGUGGACGGCGCGCGCGUGGAGCGGGUCCUCGAGCUGUGCGGUGUCGCCAGCAACAAGAACACGGUGCCGGGCGACCGGUCGGCGUUGAAGCCCGGCGGCCUGCGUCUGGGCACGCCCGCCAUGACGACGCGGGGCUUCCAGCCGGAGGACUUCCGUCGGGUGGCGGAUAUCGUGGACCGGGCGGUGGUCAUCACGCAGAAGCUGGACAAGGCGGCCAAGGAGAGCGCGACGGCCAAGGGCGUCAAGAACCCGAACACGGUCAAGGCGUUCCUGGACUACGUGGGCGAAGGCGAGGAGAUCUCAGAGAUCGUGCAACUGCGCCAGGAGGUCGAGGACUGGGCGGGCACGUUUAGUCUGCCGUGGGCCAAGGACGAGUAGUUUUGCUGUUGUUUGCUAGUUUUUAUUGUCGGCAUGUCUGCGAAGAACCAUAUC